AUGGAACAGCGACAAAGCCAAUUGUUUGACAAGAUGCUCCAGCAACAAAGCCAGAGGUCCGAUGGACCAUGCCAGCUGCUGACAGAGUGGAUGAGAAUCCUCCAUGAAGAGAAAAGUGAGACUCCACAGGAGAUGAGAGCCCUGCCUUAUGAGGUGCUACAAGGGUCUGGAAGUGACCCAGGAGUGGCUGAGAAGCAAAAUGGUUCAGACUGCCAUGAGAUGCAGCCUGUAGCUGCAGGUGAGGGGGGAGGCAUGCUGGUAGGAGCUGAAGGGAUGUUAAUCAAUUUCUCUACUCCCUGGAUGCCUACUGUGGAAAAGAAUGAAUUUGAGGUGCCUAAGAGUGUGCAAGAAUUGCAGCUGAUUGAUUUCUGCACUCCCAGUGUGCAAACAGUGGAAGAAGGAAGUGCUAUGGGGAAGGGCACACUGGUGGUGUUUAUCUGCAUGCCUGAGGAAGAUACAGUGUUUUCCUGUGUAGAGGAGGACGAUAAGGAACAGCUUGAGGCUUGUGUGUGUGCUCUGGAGAAGCUUGAAGGGCAGUUGGUGAACUGGGUGAGAUAA